UAACCUACAAAACACUUCUCUCCAGUCCAAUUUGAGGUUAAGUCAUUUGUGUUAUAAAACUAUAUGUAGCUGGAUAAUUUAUAAUGGCCUUAUAUAAAGUAAAAUCCCUUUUUCAACUUGGAAAUCAAAUACAGCCGCUGUUAAUUACGCAGUGCGAUAAAUUCCAUACUACAAGUGAUUUAAGUGCUUGGAGUAGAAAUAGUGGUCCUAAAAGGUGGUUAAAAUACAAUGAUGUUAUAUACCCUCCGCAAUCGCCUGAUGAGGAACCAAGACCUGCUUUUGUUUGCCAUCAGCGCACGAAUAUUAAAUACAGUCCAUGGAAGAUGUGGUACAUAGCCAGUUUAGUUAGGGGCAUGUCCGUGGAUGAAGCUAUAAAACAAUUGAAAUUUGUUUUGAAGAAAGGAUCUAAGGAUGUCAUGGAAGUUAUUGAAGAAGCCCGAGAAUUAGCUAUUAAAGAACAUAAUGUUCAGUAUGGAACCAAUUUAUGGGUUGCUGAAUCCUUUGUUGGUAAAGGUCAAGUGAUUAAGGGGAUGAGAAGACACGGCAGGAUGAGGCACGGUCUCGUAAGAUACUUCCAUUGUCAUUACUUUGUAAGAUUAGAGGAAGGUACACCACCAAAGGACUACUACAUGCAUGCCCCCAAGGAGCCCAGUCAACAGUUGCAGGAAUGGUUGGAGGAAAUGAGGAAACGCAAGAUUAUAAACUCUUUGUAAACUUAUAUAAUAUAA